AUGGAGGCCAACGUGCGCGAGCCCCUCCUGCGCCGGGAGCCCGGCGAAGACUACCAGGCCCGCGGCCAGCUCGACGCUCGCCAGCUGGAGAAGGACUACUACCGGACGCUGCCCCACCGCCGCCUCUUCCUCGCUGCCUUCGCCGCCGUGCUGGGCAACUUCAGCUUCGGCUUCGCCCUCGUCUACCCGUCGCCCGUCAUCCCUGCGCUCCAGAGGGCCCCACUCCGCCACCUGCACCUCACCAAGGAUGCCGCCUCCUGGUUCGGGUCGAUCUUCACCUUGGGAGCUGCAGCAGGCGGUUUGGGCACCAUGUACUUCAAUGAUCGCUUGGGCCGCAAGCUGAGCAUCAUGUUUUCUGCUGUUCCUUCUGUCGUUGGGUACCUCCUGAUGGGCAGUGCACAACACAUCUGGAUGCUGCUGGUGGGGAGGCUGCUGACGGGGUUUGCAGGAGGUGUAACAUCUGCCUCAAUACCGGUCUACAUUUCUGAGAUCUCUCAUCCUGGGGUCCGAGGAGCUCUGGGUUCCUGCCCGCAGAUCAUGGCUGUCUUGGGUGCCCUCGUCCUCUACGCUUUAGGCCUGGUCCUCGACUGGCGCUGGCUGGCCGUGGCCGGGGAGGUGCCGGUGCUGCUCAUGAUCCUCUUGCUGUGCUUCAUGCCGGAGUCGCCGCGUUUCCUGAUCUCCAAGGGGAAGGAGGACGAAGCCCUGAGUGCCUUGACUUGGCUGCGGGGCCAGGAGGCCAACUAUUGGUGGGAGUACGAACAGAUCAAAGACAGCGUGAAGGAGCAGAGCCAACGGGUCACCUGGGUGGAGCUCAAAACCCCUUACCUCUACAAGCCGGUGGCCAUCACCUUGCUGAUGCGGCUCUUGCAGCAGCUCUGCGGCGUCACCCCCAUCCUCAUCUACCUGCAGGUGAUCUUUGCCAGCACGGAGGUCAUUCUGCCAUCAGAGUACGAUGCUGUUAUCGUGGGGGCCGUGCGCUUGCUGUCCGUCAUCUUUGCUGCCUCUUCAAUGGACAGAGCAGGGAGAAAGAUCCUCCUCUACGCCUCAGCUUCCAUCAUGCUGGCCUCCAACCUGACCCUGGGCUUCUACAUCCACUACGUCCCUCUGCACACUGCCAAUGCCUCUGCGACGGCUGUCAACAGCAGCUACCCAAGCCAGGCCUCUCCUGCUGCAAGCGGCCUCAGCGUCCUUCCCUUGAUCGCCACCAUGGCCUUCAUCGUAGGUUACGCCAUGGGUUGGGGCCCCAUCACCUGGCUGAUGAUGGGAGAGGUUCUCCCCCUGAAGGCACGAGGGGUGGUCUCAGGCCUGUGUGUGCUGGUGAGCUGGUUGACCGCCUUUGCCCUGACCAAAGCCUUUUUGCCGAUUACGCAAUCCUUUGGCCUGGAGGUGCCUUUCUUUUUCUUCAGCAUCAUCUGCUUCAUGAACCUGAUCUUCACCAAAUGGCUGAUUCCCGAAACCAAAGGCAGGUCUUUGGAGCGGAUUGAAUCAUACUUCCGGACUGGGCGGAAGUCUUUUCUGGAAUCCUUCCGACGCCACAGAUAACCUCACGAGAACUAAUUCAAGAUAGAAGAGCAGGUGGGAGAUGUUUGUGGCCAGCCUAGGAUGAUCAAAUGUGAUGACUGAUUUCCAAGUGAAGAAGAGGGAUCGCCAGUUUUUCGGGGAGAGGGGGAGGGGAGUUCACUUGCGCUGCUUCACUUGCCUGUGGCCAAGAGCUAGCGUAGCAAGGGGAUCUGUGCUAGGAAACAGGAAACCCCCAUAUGAAUCCUACGCUGACCGUGGACUGACCAGGUGGCCUUUGGGAAGACCCUUGU